GCUACUUUUCCGGUCUUCAACAACACACUCCAUUUUUUCUUUUCUUUAACCUCUUUUUCUUUUCUUUUCAUUUUUUCUUGUGUGUAGCCAAAACAAUAAGUAAUAUUGAUUCACAGACCCUUAUGUACCUGUCGAAGAAGACAUACUCUGACAAAAACAGUUAUGCAUGUUAAGCUUUUAAAUCCAACUACUUUCUUUGGUUAAUCAGUUGUCACCAAGUUGGUUCCUAUUACCCCUCAUGUCCUGAUUCGUAAGAUUCAAGAUUUCUUUUUCCAGCGCGCAUUUUCUCAACAACCAAACAGGUUGUUGGCGAUGGUAAAAAUGGCAGAACAACCUAAAGAAACAGAUGAAGAAACUGCGAUGGUAAAUGAAGAGUGCAAAAGUGACGAUGGCCGUCAUCCUAAAGAGCUGUCCAACACGUCUUUUCUAGCUGAAAUGAAUCUCCUCCUUGUAUUCCUCUCAUCACUCUCUUCACCCGAUCAAGAACUCUUAAAUUACGAGCAGAGAAAAGGACAAAGUACAAGAGACCGUGAAGCCAAAGCUUGCAUAUCAAGAUUACGCACCAAAAGACAGGAAAUAAGUAAGGUCAAGCUCAUGGGGCGACCAGCACCAAGGUUUCAGACAACCGUACGUGAUUCCAGUCAUGGAAGGAGGAUGUAACAAAAAAUGUCCACCAAGCUUGACGAGA